CAUCGAUCAGUGAUGACCGCAACGCGGCACUCUCGUGAUGUAAAUGUACAGGAUAUAUUCCGCGUACCAUGUAUAUAUUUUCCGACCGUUGAACUUGUCUUUUGAAACAGCAAUAAAUCAACAAUCAUCAGUAUGUUUGUACGAAUAAGUGACCUUGAUGUAAAUUAUCGACUGACAAUCCCGCAUAGUGGAAAGAUGCUUUCCAUUUGACGAACACGUAGCCGACAGUCUCGAGAGAAAGAUUUUAUUCGAAUAGCUUUUUGAAAUUUUUUUCACUGGAAUAAUACAACUAUGGCGGAAGACGCGAUGAAGGACUGGAAAAUCGCCAGGACCGGCAUCUCUCUGUUGCUGAAUAACAAAACUGAGGAAGCUGAAGCUUUGUUUAUUGAGCAUCCUCAUAGCUUCCAUGUCAAAGCAGGCCGUUGUUUUGUUCUCUUCAUGAAUGCCCUGAUGACUUUUGAAGAGGACAAAUUUCAGCAAGCCACAUUAUUACUUAAAGAUAUGGAACGAGAAUGUGCGGGCGAUAUAGGAUGGCUGAAAUCUGUAAAAAGUAAAGUGUUUAGAGCCGAAGAAACUGAUAAGGACUAUGUGAAUAAAUUAGAGCGUCAAAUAGUUCUAGCAGAUACACAGGUGUUCUCAGCUGUGUCAUUGUUUCUUCAACAAGAGUUAACUGGAUACGUUCGUGGCUGUUGGAUGCUUCGCAAAGCUUGGCGUGUUUAUCAACACGCGUACACUCAAAUCUCGCAAUUAUAUCGUCGUACCUUCGGUACAAAUCCAACUGAAAUCAGCCCAUGUUGUAUCAAUCCGAGCAACGGGUCAUCUCUGCAGAGUCCGCAGAGCCCGGAAUCUUCGGAAUGGUCAAUACCAUCCUGCAACGGUUACACGAAUAACGUGACACCCAUGUCAUCACCAUCAGGUCUGCGAAGCUCUCUAUCAAUGUUCUUCUCGCUCACUGGCAUCACGUCUGAACAACAGACACCCUUUGUGGAACCUUCGGAGGUGACACGUUUAAUGUCAGCCGCAAGUUUCGGUUACGGUGUAUACCAACUGUGCGUGAGUCUUUUGCCACCGUCUGUGCUGAAAGUGAUCCACUUCUUUGGCUUCGAGGGUAACAGACAGUCUGGUCUUGCUGCUCUUAUGUAUGCACGACUUGGCGAAGAUAUGCGCGCACCACUCGCUACAUUAUCUCUACUUUGGUAUCAUACGAUUGUACGUCCAUUUUUCGCGUUGGACGGGUCCAAUGUAAAAGCGGGGGUCGCAGCAGCGAAGCAGUUGAUAGCUGAAUGUCAUGCCGAAUUCCAGAAUUCUGCCCUUUUUCUCUUUUUCGCUGGCAGAAUGGAACGUUUGGAGACAAAUGUCGAUGCAGCUCUAGAAGCGUUCGGUAAAGCUGUGGAAGUUGCAACUCAGAGGGAAGUCAAACUAUUGUGUUUACACGAGGUAGCUUGGUGCCAUGUGAUACGCUUGAGCUACGAUGAAGCGUAUCGAUCCUUAUUGCAGUUACAACAGCAGUCGAGAUGGUCCAAGGGCUUCUACGCGUACUUAGCCAUGGUUUGUUGUGGAGCGAAUGGAAAGUUUGACGUUCUCCUAUCGCUGUAUGGCAAGAUACUUCCUUGGUUUCAUGAAACGAAAAACGAAUCGCAACUCGAUGUUUUUAUCAUGCGCAGGCUGCCAAAAAUCGUUGAUAAGGAAACUGGACAUCCUUACACAGUUCUGUAUUAUAAGUUGCUCGUAUACGAGUCAUUAUAUUUGUGGAACGCUCUUCCGUCUUGUUCCACUGAAUCGCUACGAGAAAUAUCUCAUGAAUGCAAGGAAAAUCAUUCCGAGGAGCCAAUGGUGGGUUUGACUGAUCUUAUUGAAGGCGCAGCAUUUCUUUAUCUGGGGGACACCGAAGCGGCCAUUAAAAGUUUCCGAAACUGUCUUAAAUGUAGGUAUCCGUCCAAGGACGAGUACGACCAACAUGUCAGCGCAUUUGCGUUGUAUGAAUUAGGAAGUAGCCUUAAUAGCAAUAACAAUCCUAAUGAAGGCAAAAAUUUCCUGUCAAAAGCGCAAACUCAGUACAAAGAUUAUGACUUUGAAACUCGACUCAAUUUGCGUAUACAUGCCGCCCUGAAAAAUAUAUAG